GAAAUGAAAGAAGUAAGAACAUUAAUUUUGUUAUGAAAAUCAUUAUUUCUCUGGGUCAGGGACAGCAUGGAGGAAGAGAUGGUGAAUCCUGCGAGGCAAUCUUCAAAAUACAAAGGGGUGAUGCAAAAGCCCAACGGUAACUGGGGUGCCCAAAUAUAUGAUCAUAACCAACGCAUUUGGCUUGGAACUUUCCAAUCCGAGCUUGAAGCAGCCCUGGCUUAUGACAGCGCUUCAUUGAAGCUUCGUUGGGGAGGAGCUCACCGGAAUCUCCCGUGGACAUCGAAAACUACCGAGGAGGUCAAGUUCCAGAGCCUUCACAGCGCUGAAGAAGUCUUGAAGAUGAUCAGAGAGGGCUCUUAUCUUUCCAAGUUUUUGGGACAUGCAAGGUCUUGUCAUCCCGGACAUGGUGUGGAAGUGGUAAUGUGGAGGGAAUUGUUUCACAAGGAGCUGACAUCAAGCGAUGUGGGUGCGCUCAACAGGUUUGUCAUCCCCAAAAGACACGCCACCAAAUACUUUCCGGAUAUUCAUGGCAGGGGAGGGAGCGUGGAAUUGGUGUUUAGGGAUGGCGCUAUGAGGGUGUGGAAGUUCCGGUACUGCUAUUGGGAUAGCAGCGGCAGUUAUGUGUUGACAAAGGGAUGGAAGAAGUUCGUGAGGGAGGAGGGGUUGAAGGAGAAGGAUGCCGUUGCAUUCUUGGAAUGUGAUUGCAGAAUAAAGGGGAAGGAAGAGGUGCAGAGGAUAUGCAUCAUCCAUGUAAAGAGAGCUCGGACCAGUGGUCCUAGUGAUGGCAAAAGCAGCACCAUAGUUGAGGGUGAGGAUGCUAUGGGGGUAGACUUGGACCUUAGGCUCGGACAUAACACUAAUGAUGGUGAGGAGAAAGUAAUGGAGGCGAAGCCAGUGCAUCACGCUGAUACCGUAGCGGACUUCAAACUCUUCGGCAAACAAAUUUUUUGUAGUGAUCAAUUGAAUUUCGCUUGAUUGCAGUGCUAAACCGAUCAUUUGUUGAAAUGGGGUCAUAAUAUUUAUCUCUGAUGCAAAUCAAAUUAUCAACAUGAU